AUGAAUAAAGCUACCACUGCACCAGCGACCUUCACGGCUGUUAAUAUACCCAGCACUUCAGCCAAUCCCAUUCUUUCAGGCUCAUCAAUUGCUACCAAUAUUUCAACUACAUCAGUUAUUACAAAUGUUUCAAUUAUAUUAAGUACUAGCAAUGUAUCCUCUGCCUCAGUAACCAGCACUCUUCCAGCAACAUCAGCAAGCAGUGCUGAAACCUCAGAUUUAGCAUCCCCAUCUGUCCUUAAUUCUUUCACUAAUGAACCUUCAGUAUCUACCUCCAUCAAUGUUCCGUCAGCCUCAAACUCUACUGUUCUACCUCCUAUUUCACCUUCCAUAACUGCUACUUCUUCACAGACAAGUGUACAUGCAAUUUCUCCCAUUACCACACUUAAAACAUCUGCAUUCUCCAACACUCCUACAUCACUUCAAACCCCUAAUGCUCCUGAGGUUUCUAUGAUAACUACUGUUCGUGAGACUUUUACAAAUACAACAGUUGCACACACUGUGACUACUGAUCCAGUAUCAAUGUCUAGCAGUACAACUUACACAGUUUCAUCAGCGACAACUGUUCCCACAACAUCUAUAACUAGUAAAGGAAUCUUGCCACCUAGCCCUGUACUUGCAACUUUAACAUACAGUAAUCAAGAUAUCAGUUCAGUUACUUCCUCAGUUUCAAAUAGUACAUUAUUGUCUAUCACUGAACCUAAAGGUUCAUUAACCACCAGUGCUCCAACAUUAUCAAAUAGCAGCAUUUCAACAACAGUUUCCAACGACCAGUCAAUUUCUACCAUUGCUUCAGUAAUUUCAAGCACUUUCAUAGUACCUACAACCACUAGAGCUCCAGAGUCAAAUACAACUAACAAUGUAAUCAAACCUAUCAUUACAACUACAACCUUUACAGCUGCUACUAUACCCAGCACUUCAUCUACUCCCAGUCUUUCUAAUACAUUGAUUACUACUGGUUUAUCCUCAACCUCUGUUACCAGCACACUUCCAACAGCAACAGCAAACACAUUUAUAUCCUCAUAUUCAGUAUCCCCAUCUGUCUUUACAUCAGCCACUUAUGAGCCUGCAGGGUCUACUUCUGCCAAUGUUCCAUCUACUUCAAACUCUGCUGCUAUUCCAAUAACUUCAGUAUCACCAUUUGUCCUUAAUUCAACUGCUAAAGUGCCUUCAGCAUCUACCUCUGCCAGUGUUCCAUCUACUUCAAACUCUGCUGCUAUUCCAAUAACUUCAAUAUCACCAUUUAUCCCUAAUUCAAACACUAAAGUGCCUUCAGCAUCUACCUCUGCCAGUGUUCCAUCAGCGUUAAACCCUACUGCUAUCCCCCUGACUUCUAUAACUACUGAUCAAAUAUCAAUAUCUAGCACAGUUCAUUCACCCUUACCAACUACCAGUGUACCAAUAACGUCAUCUUCAUCAACUACUUCCCAUGUACAGAAAUUAGAAACCAACACUUUUCCAAUAAUGCCAACUGUCAGUGCAACAAGAAUAAAUUCAACAACCAUGUCUGCUCUUCCAACCACUAGAUAUCCAUCGACUUUUCCCUUUGCUACCAAUGCUGUUCCAUCAACUGUACUUUCCAAGACCCAAUCCUCAACUUCUAUACUAACCACCUCAUCAGAAAUAAAAGUAUCUAUUCACUCAUCUCCAACCACAACACAUCUUUCGAGAUUAACCUUAACAUCUCAUAAUGUAAACUCAAGUACAGUCGCUGCCACAAUUUCAACCACAUUACCAACUGUCACUCUACCUACAGUUUCAUUGACCACCCCUACUCCACCAUUAUCAAAAACCAGCAAUUUUACUACUGUUUCAAAAACCUUGUCAAGUCAUACCAUUGCUCCAAUAUUUUCAAGUACUACUUCCACAGUACCUCCAACCUCUAUAACUUCAAAGUCAUCUGCAGACAUUAAUGUGAUCAAAACUACCAUUGCACCAUCAACCUUAACAGCUGCUAAUAUAUCCAGCAGCACAUCAGCUAUGCUCACGCAUUCAACUAUAUUUAUUCCUACCAAUGUUUCAACUAUGUCAAGUUUAACAUAUGAAUCAGUUCCAUUGAGCACUUCCAAAGUAUCCUCAGUCUCAACUACCAGAACACUACCACCAGCAAGCACCAUUGUAACUCCAGAUUCAGCAUUUCCACUUGUUCCUACUUCAGCCACUAGUGAACCAGCAGCCAGUGUUCCAUCUAUUUCAAAUGCUACUGCUGUUCCACUACUUUCUUCAACUACAGAUGAAGUAUCAAUGUCUAGCAUAGUUCUGAAACCUGUCACAGCUUCCUCUAUCCCACUGACUUCAUCUAAAUUAAAUAGUUCCAGUGUACAAACAUCACUGACCAACAAUAUUCCACAACUGCCAGUUACAAAUAUAAAUUCAACAACCCUGCCUGCUCUUGCUCCAACCACUUAUUCACAGUCUGCUGCUAUCUUAACAAACAUCACUGUUCCAUUCAGUGAACUUUCCACCACCCAACAUUCAACUUCUAAGCUUAUUCCUGCAGCCUCUCCAGCACCUGGUGUGGCUAUGGCUUCAACCUUUACAAAGAUUCUAACAACACUGAGUAUCUCCACUGUCCCUACAAUAAAUUUAUCUUCUACUGUUCCUACAUCUCCAACUAUUCUUCCACAGACUUUAACCAGAGAAGGAAUCACACCACCUACAUCUCUUCCUGAAACUUUGACUAGUAAUAUCAGCACCAGUCCAAUCACUUCCACUGUUUCAAAUGUAUUAAUUUCUGCCACUUUAUCCACAGGUUUACUGACCACCACUGCUCCAGCUGUAUCAAACAGCAACAUCACAACUACAGUUUCAAAAGCUAAACCAACCUUUACCAUCACUCCACUAAUUUCAAGCACUACCCCUAUAUCUAUGACUACUACAAUUAGGAAUGUGACCAAAGCAAUCACUGCAUCAGUAAACCUAACAACUACUAAUAUUCCCAAAGCUUCAGUAACUCCCACUCUUUCAGCUACAUUGAUUACUAACAAUACUUCCAGUACAUCAAGUAUGACGAAUGUAAAAAUUACAUCAGGUACUACAAAUGUAUCCUCAGCUUCAGUAACCAGCGCACUCCCAGUAAAUUCAGUAAACAGCACUGUAACCAAAGAUUUAGCAUAUACACCUGUCCUUAUUUCAACCAAAACAGAACCUUCAGCACCUACCUCUACCAGUGUUCCAUCUACUUCAAACUCUACAGCUGUUCCACUGACUUCUGUACUUACUGAGGCAGUGUCAUUGUCAAGUCCAGUUUCUUUACCCACCAUAACUUUCAGUGUGCCAUUAACUUCAUCUGCAUUAAAUACUUCCAAAGUGCAAACAUCACAGAACAACAGUUUUCCAAAAAUGCCAACUUCAAGUGUUACAAAUAUCAAUUCAACAACCACGCAGGCUUUUGUUCCAACCACUAAUCAACCAUCUGUUUCAAACACCACCACCAACACUGUUCCAUCACCUGUAAGUUCCAUGACCCAGUCCUCAACUUCUACUUCUGUACCAACCAUUUCUUCACUAACAAGUUUAUCAGUGACUUUAUUCCCUAAAGAAGAUCCAACAAAACUCAGCAGUUCCACUGUCACUGCCAUAUCAGUAUCUUCUGUUAUUCCUAUAUCUCCAGCCACUACACAUCAACAGAUUAUAACAAGUGAAGGAAUCAUACCACCUAUCCAUGUACCUGAAACCUUCACAUCUAGGAAUUUCAACACAAAUUCAGUUAUGACAACAGUUUCACAAGCCCCAUCAACUUCUACCAUUGUUCCUGUAAUUUCAAACACUUCCAUAGUACCUACUACCACUGUAGUGCCAGAGUCAUCUACAACUAUUAAUGUAAUCAAAACUACCACUGUACCACCAACCUUAACAGAUGUUAAUAUGCCCAGUACGUCAGCUACUCUCAGUCUUUCAACUAUAUAUAUUCCUACCAAUGUUUCGACCACAUCAAGUAUUACAAAUGCAUCAGUUGAAUCAAAUAUUAUCAGUGCAUCCUCAGUUUCAGUAACCAACACACUUCCAGCAGCAUCACAAAGCAGAAUGAUAACUUCAAAUUCAGUAUCUCCACUUGUCCAUAAUUCAGCUACUAAUGAACCUGCACUGUCUACCUCCUCCAGUGUUCCACCUACUUUAAACUCUACUGCUGUUCCACAAACUUCUGCAACUACUUUUGCAGUAUUAGUGUCUAGCACAGUUCCUUUACUCUCAUCAACUACCAAUUCAACAACAACUUCAUCUACAUUGAACAUGUCUAGUGUACUGACAUCAAAGACCACCAGCUUUCCAAUAAUCCCAACUGUCAGUGCUAAUAUAAAUUCAACAAUACUGCCUACUAUUGCUCUAACUACUAGUCACCCAUCAUCUUCUCACACCACUACCAUCACUGCUCCAUCAGCUGUAAGUUCUAUGACUCUAUCCUCAGUUUCAACUCCUGUAUCUAUGACUUCAAUUCUUGGAAAGGUUCCAACAACACUGAGCCAUUCCACUGCCCCUACAUCAUCUGAAUCUUCUACUGUUCCCUCAUCUCCAACUACAAUUCAAAAAAUUUUAACUAGUACGGGAACCGUACCACCUAUCCCUCUUCCUACAACUGUAACAUCUAGUAAUGUAAAUACAAGUUUAGUUACUUCCUCAAUUUCAAAUACAUUAUUCACUCUCACUGUACCCACAGGUUCAUUGACCACCAAUGCUCCAGCAGUAUCAAAUAGCAGCAUUGUAGCAAACAUUUCAAAAACCAUCUCAACCUUUCCCAUCACUCCAGUAACUGCAAUCCCUACUUCCAUACAUACAACUACUUCAGCUUCAGAGUCACCUGCAAGUAGUUAUAUGAACAAAGCUACCACUGCACCAGCAACCUUCACAGCUGUUAAUAUACCCAGCACUUCAGCCAAUCCCAUUCUUUCAGGUUCAUCAGUUGCUACCAAUAUUUCAACUACAUCAGUUAUUAAAAAUGUAUCAAUUACAUUAAGUACUAGCAAUGUAUCCUCUGCCUCAGUAACCAGCACUCUUCCAGCAACAUCAGCAAGCAGUGCUGAAACCUCAGAUUUAGCAUCCCCAUCUGUCCUUACUUCUGUCACUAAUGAACCUUCAGUAUCUACCUCCAUCAAUGUUCCAUCAGCCUCAAACUCUACUGUUCUACCUCCUAUUUCACCUUCCAUAACUGCUACUUCUUCACAGACAAGUGUACAUGCAAUUUCUCCCAUUACCACACUGAAAACAUCUGCAUUCUCCAACACUCCUACAUCACCUCAAACCCCUACUGCUCCUGAGGUUUCUAUGAUAACUACUGUUCCUGAGACUUUUACAAAUAGAACUAUUGCACACACUGUGACUACUGAUCCAGUAUCAAUGUCUAGCAGUACAAUUUUCACAGUUUCAUCAACGACUACUGUUCCCACAACAUCAAUAACUACUGUUCCAGGACUUUCAUUUAAAAGUACAGAAUCAAAAGAUUUGACAAGUACUACAUUCCUUCCAAGGACUUCAGUACCAGCUAUACUACCCUCAACCCCAGCUCCAACUAUUAUAACUUUACAGUCUUCCACUACCCCAGUAACCUUAAACAGCACCUCACUUUCUUCAUCUGUAACAUCCACCAUUAAUCAUACUACCUCUUCAACUACUACCUUAUCCACACCACCAAAAAUGAUCACAGUUACUGGAACUUCAGCACCUGCCUCCAUGCCUAUGACUGCUAGUACUUCCACAUCACCAAGAGCGUCAAUAUCACAAACAUCAACUCCUAGAAUGGCACAGUUAAAUUCAACAACCAGUUCAUUUGCAUUGACCACCACUACUGUUCCAACGACUUUAAGUACUGCUGCACUACCAUCACCAGAAUCUUCUGUGACUCCAUCAUCAGCAACUAUGACUGUACCAGCAACUAUUACAGUGACUACCAUACCAUCAGGUAAUAUUAUGCUUAUAUUUGGAAAGAGCCUCAUGUCUUAA